AAUUUCUGGGCAUGGUUUGAUGAAUUUCAAUUUUAAAACUUUCCCACUGCGCAGGUUCUGUCUCUCUUUUCUAGAACUUCUACACUGCUCAGGUUCUCUCUCUCUAUUCUAGAACUUCUACACUGCUCAGUGGCUGUUAUUGCUGGGAUUAGGGUUUUUCUGACGCUGAACACUUCCAUAAUCGGAGGAGGAAGAGGAUCCACUGGAAAAUCGAGGUAUUUAUGUUGCUUGAGAAAAUCUGGGGGAGAUGAAAGUCAAAAUACUCAGUAUCCUUCAUUGUUUUGAUGGUUCUUCAUUUCAAACCUGUGCAAUAUUUUAAUAGCAUAUGAUCAAUUCUCUUGCAUGUUGCUGAUCUUUUAUUGUAUAUUUUGGUGUUUUUCAAGUUUUGUUUCCCCCCCCCCCCCAAUUUGAUGCUGUGGCUCUACGAGAUACAGGCAUUUGUAGUAGGAUUGUUUGUCCUGUUCUUCCCUUAUAUUCUUGGUAUCACAGCCAUAUUUGUUUCCUCUUAACCAUACCUUCUUGAAUUACCGGUUGGACAUGCUUACAGAGUGGCAUGCCAUAGCUUCAUGGACUUGGGAUGCUCAAGAUGAAACUUGUGGGAUUUGUAGAAUGGCUUUCGAUGGCUGUUGUCCAGAUUGUAAAUUUCCAGGCGAUGACUGCCCACUUAUUUGGGGUGCAUGUAACCAUGCAUUUCACCUCCAUUGCAUCCUGAAGUGGGUCAAUUCGCAAACUCCUCAGCCACAGUGUCCCAUGUGCAGGAGAGAAUGGCAAUUUAAAGAGUAGUAAACUAAGUUUCGUAGUACAUGAACCAAUAUUCCGUAGUACAUGAACCAAUAUUCUAAUCUACCGGUUGUGUUGUUUGGUCUAAUUGUCAAUUUUGGAGUGAGUAGCUUCUUUGCAAAUCUGGAGGUAGUGAGGUACUGCAUUCGUACCUGCUUAUAACUUUGUGAUCAUUUGAUGUUCAUCGGUCUUAGAAGAUGAAAUUCUUAAGUUUUCGAUCAACUUAAAAGUCAUUCUUUACGCAUUGCCUCGGGAGCCCAUCAUGUGCCUCAAGCUUAUAACUUAUUGUUAUUCUGCACCCUUUGCUGUUGGUUUUUUUUGUUGUUGUUGUGACUGCUGCUGGUGUUAUUACUACUAUGAUUAUUACUGAUACUGACAUUCUUGUGUUUA